AUGGAAAACUCCGAAGAAAAAGUUAUUAUGACGCCCAAGUGUAAAACACCAACAUCCACUACUAUAGUUGUAGAAAGAAAGGUUGUUGAUACCGAGCCGAGUGAUAAAAUACACGUUGCUGGUGGUGAUCACACUGGAAUCAUUAUAAACAAGGAAAAAGUUUAUGAAAAUGGAGUCACAGAGCCAUGUCAUGCUCAGUUAGAGUUUUGUGUAUAUCUUGUGUCUGCUGCAACUGGCACUCAUACUCGGGAGGCAAGAGCAUUAAGAUUUUGGUUCAAGCCUGAAGUACCUUGUGACGAGUGUCCUCAUGAGGCCCAAAGCUUUUUCCGUGAACUUGUUAGUCCUCAUGAUUUUCCAAAAGAUUAUGUGGGUUUCAUCAAAAAGAUAAUAAAAUUAAUGCAGCAAAAAUACCACCAACUUAAGGUGUUGGAGAUAGAACUAAGACAAGAGGGUAGUGGACCUCCACCACCAGAAUCAAAUGGCGUUAUUACGAGUAAGGAUCCUAUAUACAAGUAUUCUAAUGGCUCUUUUAUUGAAGAUAGUGUUUUGAACCAAACACAAAUUAUAUCGGAGCAAAGAGUGUUGGACAUGAUCGAAAAUGCGUAUCCCAAUCCAUUGACAGUGGAAGAUUUUGUGACGGUCGGAAAAUGGUCAAAGGCAGAAGUAAAAGAUGCUUUAGAGGCGCUAGAAGAAAAGGGCUUAACGAGGGCUAUGUCGGAAGGCCUUUACAUACGUCAGCAUAGUAUUGAUACUCAGGUGGUUAAGCAAAUGCCCACACUGUGUUCGUCUCGACAACCAAGCAUUGCGAUCAUCACCGCGUUAUACUGCGAGAAGCAAGCAGUCGACGCCAUGAUGGACAACCAGGAGACCUACGUACGCUAUACAACAGUCGGCGAGUCCAACGUCUACACACUGGGAACGAUCGGCGCACAUCGUGUCGUAACCACUAAGUUACCUUCAGUGGGUCGAACUAGGGAGGCGAUGACGGCAGCUGGGAACACUACCACUAGACUGCUCGGAAUAUUCCAGAAGGUCGAAUAUGUUUUCCUGGUAGGUGUAGGUGGCGGAGUUCCCCACUACACAGAUUACUCGCGGCAUGUGCGUCUAGGUGACGUCGUGGUAUCAACACCAGCUCCGGAUUUAAACGAUAAAUACGUGUACAUUUUCUGCGAAAAAGCUGAGCGUAAUGAAAAGGGUGGUUGGGACUAUGAAGUGAAGCCUUACAAACCAACUAAUUUCCUAUUGCAAGACAUCGCACUACGGCUUACGAAUACUCACGCCCCUUGGAGCUUAUAUGUCAACGAAGGAAUGCAGCGCUUGCGAGGAGUGCCAGGUCGCUGGGAGGCGCCCGAAGACGCGACCGACCGGCUCAGUGUCGAUGUCGGUGACGGCGUGUUUAUAGAAGUAUCACAUCCCGUUCCCCACGGUGAACAAAGGCGCGGGCAGGUGCGCGUGCACUGCGCGCCGGUGGCGGGCGGGCGCGCGGUGGCGGGCGCGGGCGCGGGCGAGGCGCGCGCGGCCUUCGCGGCGCACGCGCGCGCGCGCGCCUACGACUGCGAGCUCGACGCCGUGCUCGACAGCGUCGUCGGCAACCGCAAGGACUGCUUCAUCUCCAUCAGAGGUAUCUCGGACUACCGUGAUGGUUCCCGCGGCAAGGAAUGGCAGGCGCAUGCUGCUUUAGCGGCGGCCGCGGUUAUGAAAACUAUCAUAGUUGCUAUGGAUCCUCCUACUGACUAA